AUGUCUAACCCCGGCAAACGAAAAAUCCUCAUUUUCUCGGACUGCGACUUCGGGCAAGCAAAUGUCGUCCUUUCUACCGUUUACGCACUGGUCCGCGCCGACCCCAACAUAGAGAUACAUGUCGCAUCACAGCCGGGCAUGCAAGGGCAGCUUUCCCUUAUCAUCAAGCAGGUGUCCAAUGAUCUUGGAUUUGCAGCCGCAGAAUCUAUCAAGGCCCAUGACUUGGUCGGGUUAUCUCACUGGGAAGCCAUGGAGAGGCCUGGUAACCCCAAUCUCGACUCUUGGGCGUGCGAUCCGACGAUCCCAAACAUGGUCAGCAUGCUGUCUGUUCUUCCGGGCAUCACUCUCCCGUGGAGCGCAGAGGAGUUUGUCGAGAUCUACCGGGACGUGGAGCGUGUAUGGAGCGAGGUUCAGCCAGACGUCACCGUCGUUGAAAACUUCUUCGCCCCUGCCCUUACCUUCUGCCAUAACCUCCGCCCAAAAACACCGUGGAUAGUCCUGGCUCCGAACACCAUCAAAGAAUUUGCCCUGUCUGCACAACCAGGAUUGCCCAGUCUUUGGAAAUAUCCCAUUUUCAACUCCGCCAUUUCAUACCCGGUGCCUCUUCACCAGAUCCCGCUAAACAUAUUCUAUAACAUAGUCGCGAUGAUCGCCAUAUUCACGAGUAGGAGACGGGGGCGUUGUAUAAACCACAUGAACGAACAGCUGGGUCAAGGGCUUCAACUCAUCACUGUCAACGAACUCGGUCUGCUCGCUCCGCCGCCACCUGGAAUUCGGGUGAUGGUCGCAAACAGCCCGGACAUCGACUUUCCAUUUGACGUCAUUCCCAAUUUUAUGGUCCCCUGCGGUCCAAUUACAAGACCUGCAGCGCCUAUCUCGACCGAAGAUCCGGAACUCGCACUUUGGCUCAGUCGCGGCCCGACAGUUUACAUGAACCUUGGAACACAUCGUUCGUUCGACGUUGCCAAAGCAAGAGAGGUGGCCUACGCUUUCCGCAGUUUAUUCGACGCUGCAAAAACCUCUCAUCUCAAUAAUUUGCAACUCAUUUGGAAGAUGCCCAGGGUAGCAUCGGAGGGAGACACUUCUGGCUUUGAGGGCCCUUGGAAGGAAAUCAAGGACAUCCUCGAGUCUGAGAUGGACCAAGACCGCGUCAGGAUUGUAGAUUGGAUUACUGCUGAGCCCAAGUCUCUGCUUCAAUCUGGCCGCAUUAUCUGCUCAGUCAACCACGGGGGAUCCAACUCUUUCCACGAAGCGAUAUGCUGUGGAAUCCCUCAAGUUAUCCUACCAGGAUGGGCUGAUUGUUACGAUUUUGCUCUGCGCGCCGAAUUCCUGGGCAUCGGCAAGUGGGCGAGCCGUACCGCACGGCCGUUAUGGAAGCGAGACGAGCUUGCCAAGGGCCUUGAAGAGGUUCUUUUAGGUCCUCAGGCAAUGGACAUGAUCAAAAGAGCCCAAGAACUUGCGAAGCGACACCCGGAAGGCGCAGGCCGUGAUCGUGCCGCAGAAGAGAUUCUGAAACUAUUGGAUGGCAACAACACGAACGGGGAAAAUGGAAAGUACUAA